UUCUGGAAUCAGGCCAGCGGCGGGUGAUAUAAUGCGGAAACCAGGCCCUCAAAAAGCCAUAGACUGGAAGGAUGGUAAAAAGCACAAGCACAGCCGCCCAUCAGAAUCUCCCUCCCAAUACCAAGGUCACUUCACCUGGGAUAAAUACCUGAAGGAAACAUGUGCCAUCCCAGCUCCUGCACAUUGCUUCAAGCAGUCAUACACUCCACCUACCAAUGAAUUCAAGAUCAGUAUGAAACUAGAAGCCCAGGACCCCAGGAACACCACGUCCACAUGCAUUGCUACCGUGGUGGGUCUGACAGGCGCCCGCCUCCGCCUGCGGCUCGAUGGCAGUGAUAACAAGAAUGACUUCUGGCGGCUGGUGGACUCGGCUGAAAUCCAGCCCAUAGGAAACUGUGAGAAGAACGGYGGGAUGCUGCAGCCUCCACUUGGCUUUCGUCUGAAUGCCUCUUCUUGGCCUAUGUUUCUUCUGAAGACUCUAAAUGGAGCAGAGAUGGCUCCUAUCCGGAUAUUUCACAAGGAACCACCAUCUCCAUCCCAAAACUUCUUCAAGACAGGUAUGAAGCUGGAGGCAGUGGACAGGAAGAACCCUCACUUCAUCUGCCCGGCCACCAUUGGGGAGGUGAGAGGUUCUGAGGUCCUCAUAACAUUUGAUGGCUGGAGAGGUGCCUUCGAUUACUGGUGCCGAUAUGAUUCCCGGGACAUCUUUCCCGUAGGCUGGUGCUCGCUGACGGGAGAUAAUCUGCAGCCWCCUGGAACAAAAGUUGUGAUUCCAAAGAGCCCUUUACCUGCCUCCGAAGUAAACUCGGAGAAACCUAGCAUGCACAGUAGCACAAAGACUGUUUUGGGGCAUCAACAAGGGCAAAGGCGUCGCAAAACAGGGAAGAAGCGUGGUCGAACCACCAAAGCACUAAUCCAUCACCCCAUGCCUACACCCUCCAAGUCAGUGGAGCCUUUGAAAUUCCCCAGAAAGAGAGGCCCAAAGCCUGGCAGUAAGAGGAAACCUAGGACAUUGCUGAAUCCAGCACCCACAUCUCCAACAACCAGUACCCCAGAACCAGACACAAGCACUGUGCCACAAGACGCUGCUACCAUCCCCAGCUCUGCCAUGCAGGCUCCCACAGUUUGCAUUUACUUGAACAAGAACGGCAGCACGGGGCCCCAUCUAGACAAGAAGAAAGUUCAGCAGCUGCCUGACCAUUUUGGACCAGCUCGGGCUUCUGUUGUCCUGCAGCAGGCAGUGCAGGCCUGCAUUGAUUGCGCUUAUCAUCAGAAAACCGUCUUCUCCUUCUUAAAACAAGGCCACGGGGGAGAGGUCAUCUCAGCUGUGUUUGAUCGGGAACAGCACACUCUGAACCUGCCAGCAGUAAACAGUAUCACCUACGUCCUCCGCUUCCUGGAGAAACUCUGCCACAACCUCCGCAGUGACAACCUCUUUGGGAACCAACCUUUCACUCAGAACAGCCACAUGCAGCGCUCACACGAGUACGACCACGACAGGUAUCUACCAGACAGAAGCAGUUCGUUAGACGGCACUCUGCAGGGACCAGGCCGGGGUACAAAGCGCUAUUCCCAAGAUUCCCCUCCAUACAGUGCUCCUCUCUCCCCCAAGUUACCAAAGAAUGACCGUCACCCUUUGGAAGGUGAAACCUUUGUCCUGGGAGAUGGCCUCCCAGGUGUGCUGGAGCCUCGCCUGGACCCCAUGGACUCUGCCUUGGACUCUGUCAAUUCAUCAAGCCACAGCAGGAGCUCCAGAAACUAUCGCCUGCAGGGAUACAGACACCUCCACCAACCCUCUAGCCUCACUCAGGGCAGUACCUCCGCCUUGCGUAGGCUUAGCUCUGGGGGUUCAGAUAGGUACCUUGGAUCUCGAGACGUCUCACGGCUGAGCAACCGAGACCCCUCGUCCUGGACAGUGGAGGAAGUGAUGCAGUUCAUACGAGAAGCUGAUCCACAGCUGGGACCCCAUGCCGACCUCUUUCGAAAACAUGAGAUUGACGGGAAGGCCCUGCUCUUGCUGCGGAGUGACAUGAUGAUGAAGUACAUGGGGCUGAAGCUGGGGCCAGCCCUGAAGCUAACUUACCACAUCGACAAGCUAAAGCAAGGCAAGUUCUGAGAGGACGCUUGGCAGGAUGGGUGCUGGACACGCUGCUUGUGCCAGCCCGCUCGCCUGCAGACAGGUACGCAUGCACACACACCCAUUUAUGCCAAUGGACACUUCUCUGAAACAGCCCAGACUGGUGCAGGGAUCCAGUCAGCCACCCACCUGCUCCUUCCUCCGGCAGCCAGGCUGGGAAGGAGAAUGACAACCUCCUUCCAGGCUUUCUGGAAGGAGAAUGACAACCUCUUGGCCCCAGGGCUUCGCACAGAACUCAAGUCCUGGGUGUCCUGUUGGAAGCAGAGAGACUGGCCGUUCUCCAAAGCCAUUGCUUCUCUGUUGUCUCCUGGUCCCUCUGCCUUGGGACUAAGGAGCUGCUCUGGAUGGGAUUUGUGGCAGAGCCUUUCAGGGACUGGGCAGCUCUGCUGGAUCCUCCCUGCUUGCUCCGCUGCAGGAGUGCAAUGCCCUCACGUUUCCUGCCAGCCCCGCUCUCCUGGCCUUGCUGCACCAGGUGGUCCUCACAUCAGACCGGCUGUGGACCAAGCAGGCUGGACACCCUGCACAUCACCAUGUCACCUGGACAGCUGGGCUGAGAGAGAGGCGGCGCCAGGGAUUCACCCUCAACUCUCGUAAUACUCUGGCUAGCUUAUAACCACCACCACCCRAUACCCAGUCUUCCAUAGCAAGGUGGGAGCCGCAGCAUGUGCUGGAGCCCCAGCACCCUGCGCCCUGCCUGGCCCUGGGGCGCCCACCUCCCUUCGGAGGCAGAGCUGAGCCAACCCGUGACUGCCCACCUUCCUUGUGCCAGUGGCAGCAGAGGACGGAGGCUUUCGUAUUUAUUUCUGACUGGGGUGGCUGAGAUGAUGCCCCUUGGCCAGCACCCAGCUGUGCUGRCAGCAUGGAGCAAGCCGUGGAAAAGGAGUCUGGAUGCUGCAGGAUUCGAUUGUUCGAUUGAUCCUUCUCUCCUUUUUUUCUUUUUUCUUUUUUCUUUAUAAGAAGUUUUCUGCUUAAAAUUAUGACUUUUUUUUAAUACCUGUUGUUAAGCUCAUAACCCUUGGAGAUUUCUAGCCAGAAAUGUAAAAAUGUGUCUUUCCAGUGGGCCCUCCUGAUACUCUGGUGUUUCAGACCAUCCCAUCUCAGCAGGUGCCAGAGGGUGUUGGGCCUGGGGGUCAGAGGAGCCUAGUCUGAUGGGCAGUGCCCCGUUCCUGRGGGCACCUCUGUGUUUCAGGCACUCUACCGUAUUCAUUUAAAUGGCACUUGAGCAGCAGUAUGCUGUCCCAAACACAUCACUGCAGCUGCAAGACAAGUAUCUAAGAGGACAUUUGUCAGCCCUUGAUGAAAUCUGGUCGGCAGCAGCCUGGAGCUCGCAAACCGUGGAUAACUCUGAGACUCCAGUGGCAACAGACUUGCUGUCCUGCUCCACAACCUUCCUAUGGAGGCAGGGGCUGCACAAUCCCCUGGAGCAUCUYGUGCCA